AUGCCGAUUGCCCUAAACGCCAUGGCGCCUUUCUCGCGAUUUCAGUUGAUGAUGAGUGCAAUGAUUCGCGUCAAAAAUUCUCAGGGCGAAUUUCGUCAAUGCCGUGCACUUUUAGAUACCUGUGCGUCGGCACAUUUUAUGACAGAAAGGCUCGUUCGUGAACUACAAUUAUCGACAAGUCCGUGUUCCAUAACAAUAGGCGCGAUCGAUGAAAUGAAUACGUCAGCACGCGGCAUGGUCGAGGCUUCCUUCCGGUCAAUUCAUAGCGAAUAUCAAAAGACGCUCACUUUCUUGAUUAUACCUAAAAUCGCGGAAAAUGUUCCGAACACGAUGUUUCCACGCGGAUCGAUUCACAUCCCAGCAAACAUAAAACUCGCGGAUCCGCAAUUCCAUCUGCCGCGGCCAGUAGACAUAAUUAUCGGUUCGGGAGCGACUCUGUCGCUAUUGUCAAUCGGCCAGAUCAAUCUUUCGAAGGAUAACUGCGAUUUUCUUUUGCAGAAGACUCAGCUCGGUUGGGUCGUUGUAGGCGAAAUCAACGCCGAAAACGGAAAGCGAACGGUCGCGUGUAAAUUAACGAAUUUAGAUGAACAGCUCGAAAAUUUUUGGCGAUUAGAAGAUACGACCGCGAAACGUUGCGUAAUACCGGAGACCUCGGAAUGCGAAAAUCAUUAUAUAAAAAACACUACGCGCGAAGCUUCCGGAAACUAUGUCGUCAGACUACCCUUUCGACAAAACGAACGUGAUUUUGGAAAUUCCAGGUCGAUAGCCCUGCGACGCUUUUACGGCUUACAAAAACGACUCGACGCUAAUUCUGCUCUCAAACGAGAAUACGAAAGAGUCAUGAAAGAAUAUAUCGACUUAGGGCAUAUGACUCUUUUAUUUAACGACUCCGGAGACGGGUAUUACCUUCCUCAUCACGCAGUUGUAAAAAACACAAGCGCGACUACAAAGGUUCGAGUAGUCUUCGACGCGUCCGCUAAAACAAAUAAGGGGAUAUCUCUUAAUAAUAUUUUAAUGGUCGGGCCUACCAUUCAAGACAGUCUAUUUGAGCACCUUGUACGAUUCCGCGUACACGAAUAUGUUAUGACCGCCGACAUUGAAAAAAUGUACCGGCAAAUAUGGGUGCAUCCGGAAGACCGUAAAUAUCAAAAAUUAAUCUGGCUACAUGAAGGGCAGGCCCGAACUUUUCAGCUUAACACUGUAACUUUCGGCGUGUCGUCGGCACCUUUCCUAGCAAUUCGAACAAUAAAACAGCUCGCGAUAGACGAAAACGUAAAUUUUCCACUCGGGUCAGAGAUUUUAAAACGCGAUCUUUACGUAGACGAUUUGCUGACGGGAGCAAAAACACUCAAGGAAUUAAUCCAAAUCCGGGACGAGACAGUUCAGAUUCUUAAACGUGGAGGUUUUAAUAUAAGACAAUGGGCAUCUAAUCAUCCCCACGCCCUUCAGGGUCUGAGCGAGCGGACGACAGAUACCGAAUUUUUGACAAAGGAAAAUCCGAUUUUGAAAACUCUUGGCGUCUCCUGGAACGCGCGCCGAGAUGAAUUACUGUAUACGGUUAACCCUGUUAAGCUUGCGAACAAGGUUUCAAAACGCCACAUUUUAUCGGAGAUUGCGAAAAUCUUCGACCCCCUCGGGUUGCUCGGUCCCGUUAUCCUUGCGUCCAAGGUAAUACUACAAGAAUGCUGGAAGGCAAAAAUAUCGUGGGACGAAUCGGUCCCGAAUGCAUUGCAUUCGUUAUGGCAAUCGCUCGCAGAACAGCUUGGAUUAAUCGAUCAUUUAGCAAUUCCCCGCCGUCUAACGAUCGACGAUUUUACGAACUUAGAAAUUCACGGAUUUUGCGACGCGAGCAAAGUCGGAUACGGGGCGUGCCUGUAUGUAAGAUCACAAAAUAAUAAGAAUAAUAUUCUCGUUCGUCUAUGCAGCGCCAAAACUCGUGUCGCCCCCCUCAAGGAUACGACCAUCCCCCGGCUUGAGCUCUGCGGGGCGCUCACCCUCGUGCGGUUAUUCCGAGAAAUCUCGAAAACCUUCCAUUUCACACCUAAUAGGAUCAUUUUCUGGUCAGAUUCAAUGAUCGUUUUACAUUGGAUAAGGAAAUCACCAAGUGUUCUUAAAGUAUUCGAAGCUAAUCGAGUCAAAGAGAUUCAAGAAUUAUCUCAAGUCGAAUGGCGACAUGUGCGGUCGGAACAUAACCCCGCCGACGCACUGUCACGUAGUCAACUCCCGAGAGAAUUUUUAAAAAAUGACUCGUGGUUCGACGGCCCGCCGUGGCUUCGGCGGCCCGAAUCAACGUGGCCCGUAUCUAUCGAAACUCCGGUCGAAGAACUGCCAGGUUUGAGGAAAAUCAUUUGUUUUACAGCUCAAAUUGAAUCGAAUUUUAUUUUUAAGAAAUUUUCAUCCUAUACACGAUUAAUUCGCACAAUAGCAUACUGUCUACGAAUGUUACCGUCCAACCGUUGCAAAGGUCCAUUAUCUAACGAUGAAGUAAAAAGAUCCGAACAGCGGAUAAUCAUGUUAGUCCAGAAAGAACAAUUUUCAGAUGAGAUAAAUCGCAUCUCCAAAACAAAGGAAAUAAAGGGCACGAAACUGGCUUCACUCAACCCGAUUAUCGAUGAUUUAGGUUUACUUCGCGUCGGCGGCAGGCUGCGAAAUGCGGAUAUACCGAUUUCGCAAAAAUAUCCAAUUUUGUUACCCUCAUACCACCACGUAACUGAUCUAAUCAUUCGAGAGGUACACGAAAAAAAUUAUCAUGCAGGCAUCCAGAGCACGCUCUACACAAUUCGUCACCGAUUCUGGCUACUCGACGGAAAAAAUCAAAUUCGUAAAAUAGUCCGGAAAUGCGCGAGAUGUAUUCGUUUCAGAGCAAAGCCUGUCGAUUAUAAAAUGGCAAAUCUACCGAAGUCACGUUUUAAAGAAGCGCCGGCUUUCUACAAUACAGGUGUAGAUUAUUUGGGACCAAUGUUUAUUAAAGAAAGAAAGGUACGAAAUCGCGGGAAAAUAAAAGUAUACGGAUGCAUUUUCAUCUGUAUGUCUACGAAGGCCGUUCACCUAGAGAUAGUCAGUGAUUUAUCAACAGAGGCGUUUAUCGCAGCUCUUAAGCGGUUUAUAGGUCGACGAGCGGUCCCAGCCAACAUUUAUUCGGACAAUGGCACAAACUUCGUCGGCGCGAAUAAUCAAUUGCGUGACUGGUACGCAUUGAUUGAAUCCGAAAAGUUCAAAACGCAAGUUUGUGAAUUCGCCACGACUAAAAAGAUCGAGUGGCAUUUUAACCCGCCUCUUUCGCCCCAUUUUGGAGGUAUCUGGGAGGCCGCGGUGAAGUCGUUUAAGCACCACCUUAAAAGAGUGAUAGGCGAUCGAUUAUUUACGUUCGAAGAAUUAAACACAUUAGCUAUCGAGAUCGAAGCUAUUUUAAAUUCACGACCGUUGUGCCCCAUAUCUACGGAUCCGAACGACCCCGUCGCGUUAACUCCGGCACAUUUUUUGGUAGGCCAGCCGCUCACAUUAUUGCCCGAGGAUAACUAUCUCUAUGUUUCAGAUAACCGUCUGUCAUCCUGGCGCCUGAUAACCAAAGCACGCCAGGAUUUCUGGCGCAGGUGGAAUCAGGAGUAUCUGACGGAACUCCAAAAAAGGCAAAAAUGGACCGGAUCUGAUUCCGAACUCCAAAUAGGAUCGAUCGUCAUCCUAAUUGACCGAAAUCAACCGUGUAUGAGGUGGCAGCUGGGACGGGUGGUGGAGACGCAUCCGGGAGACGACGGUGUGGUUCGAGUCGCAACGAUCAAGACAGCCCAAGGACUUUUUAAAAGGAACGCGAAGUCACUCUGUCCCUUGCCGAACUCAUAG